GUGAGGCUAAACUUGGUGCUCGAUUUUAGACUUUAAUUAAGAAACGAAAUAAUAUCUAGAUAUUCAAAAUACGGUUUAUGGAGCUGCUAAAAAUAUGCUUUUAUUGGGUUAAUUUCUAGUUCUGAUUGUACAAAGCUUUUCAAGUUUAUGUAGUUUACACUGAAAUUUUUGUGCAUUAUAGUAACAAUUUAAUUAAACAUGUGCAUUGCAAAAAUGCGAAUUUCAUGCGAAUUAAAGAACUGCACAUAAUUUAUUCGCAUAAGUUCGUUAUAUAUUUUUUUCGCCACAGGAAUGUACAAAUCUGCUUGCAAUUUAAUCCAACAAUGUUCAAAACUACCUUAAUUGUCAUUACAUUGCAAUUUUUUGGUAAAUACAAAGUAAACUGCCAGACCUUCAUUCGAGACUGUAACGACCCUCUGAUCCAGCAACACAGUAACAAUGCUCAAUUUGAACUCCAUUCAUUUUGUUACCACUCGUGCGGUUAUGACCUCAUGGUCGUGCCCCAACCUGACCAAGGCGUCUGCACAGCGGCUGGUCUUUGUCAGUGCAAUUAUCCGUGCGGUUCUGCGCCACCCACCAAUAUUUUUGGUGAUCAAUGUCCUCCCCACGUCGUCGACCCUGCUGACCCGAACCCGAACGCGUUACCUGAUUGCAUAGCAGAUUGUGGUCGCUUGUGUACCGGAGGAACUGGCAGAAUUUGCGGAGAGGUGUACAUGGCUCCAAUUCCAGGCACGACAGAUGGGUUCGCAAAAAUUUGCACGUGUUACUGUCCUCCUCAACCGUGUGUGACAAGAGGGGUUGCCUUGGUACCGGUCGUACUUCCAAACAAGAAAGCCGUUCUAACCAAGAAAAUUCUAAAGUUGACAAAGUUGGGCAUUCUUUUGGCCAAGUUUUGUGCCAUGUAUUGGUUAAAGAUUCUGCUGUGCUGUCUAUAUUUCUGUUUGACUCAUUCUUGUCCUUCACCGUGGAAGGUGAUGGACGGUGGGUGGGGGUGGGGGUAUCAAUGAGUACAAAAUAAAUGUAAGAAUUUGGCUGAAGUUAAAAUAUUGUGUACUUUUACACACAUACAAACGUACAAAAUUUGUGCCUUUUAAGCAAUUAAUAAAAAUUGCGAUGACUUGGAAUAAUUCAUGAUUAUUAUUUGACUAAUGGAGUGGUGACGACUUUGCAUUAUUAUGAAAUAAUUUUACUUUGACAGAUGACCGUACUAUUACGUAGCUAAUAAUUGUAAGGGAAACUAUAGAAUUCUCAUAACGAUAGUGAGAUGCUGUAAAUAUUUGUAUUAGUAUUUCAUGUUUAGUUUUAUAAAAUCAUGCAAAAUUGUGAGUAUUAGUACUUAUUAGUAAAGCGGUUUCGUCUAUCUAAUAAUUUACCAUGACUUAUGGCGCUCAAUAAUUGUGCAAAGAAUAAAUUUCGACCAACUAUUUAAAACAAUUAAAUUAAAUUAUCUAUUUACAAACUCAA